AUGGAUUUAAAUCUAACAAAUCUUAUUCAUGGAUGUUUUAAUGAUGGUCAAGAUUAUCAAUCUAGUUCAACAAGUAUACCAAUAGUAAAACUUCGUUUUUCUCUAUAUAUUACAAUUCUUGUAUAUGUUAUUUAUUUAUUACCAUUUUGUUUUGGUGUAUUUGGUAAUAUAAGUGUAUGUCUUAUAUUUUUUCAACAAAGAAAAUUACGUUCAAUAACGAAUACAUUUUUAAUGAAUUUAUGUUUAAAUGAUUUAAUUGUUUUAUGUGUUUCAAUUCCAAUGACAUUAUCUGCUGCUUUACUUGAACAUUGGGUAUUUGGUUCAUUUCUUUGUAAAUUUGUUAAUUUUACUCCAACAUUAACAGCACUUGUAUCAACAUUUACUGUUGCUGUUAUAGCUGUUGAACGUUGGUUUUUUAUUGUUAAUAAACAAAAAUUUCAUCGUCAUUGUACAAUUUUAACAUUAAUUUUACUUUGGCUUGUAUCAAUAUUUAUUGCAUUACCAGAAUUUAUUUCACGAGAAAUACAAGAAUUUAAUCGACCAAUAAUUGUACCAUAUAUGUUUAAUAAUUAUUCAUUAUUAUUAUUAUCAUCAUCAAAAAUAAAUAAUAAUAAUAAUAAUAUAACAAAUAUUUCAUUUGAUUAUAAUAAAAUAAAACAACCAUGUCAAAUGAAAAAAAUUUUUUAUUGUGUAUUAGAACCAGAUUUACAUAUGAGAGUAUUUUCUUAUUUUGUUAUUACUGUACAAUAUUUAGUACCAUUUUUAUUUGUAUCUGUAAGUUGUUAUUCAAUAAGUCGUUUUCUUAAAAAACGAAUGAAACGAAUGUGUGCAUAUGAAACACAUCAUUAUCCAAAGAAAACAAAAAAAAAUAAAUUAAAUAAAUAUAUAAAAACAAAAUCAUUAAAUAUGACAUAUGAAAUAACAGAACAAGAUGAAUUACCACAAAAUUGUAAUGAUACAUCAUCAACAACAAUUUCAAAUGAUGAUAAACCUAAUCAUUUAUUACCUUAUUCUCGUCAAAUAUCAAAUAAUCGUGAAAAACAAAAUGAUCGAAAUUCAUUUCAAUUAACUGAACAACAACAUUAUUUACAAAGUCAAUCACAUACAAAAAGACGUUUUCAUCGUAGUAGAAAAUUACUUAUAUGUAUAGCUGCUUUAUUUACUAUAUCAUGGUUACCAUUAACAAUUGUUCAAUUAUAUUUAGAACAUAAUGAAGAAAUUUUAUAUACACGUGAUGGAGCAAAUUUUGUUUAUGGAUUUUUACUUAUACCUAGUUAUUUAAUAUCAUCAUUAUCAGCAUGGUUUAAUCCAGUUAUUUAUAAUUAUAUUAAUCGAAGUUUUCGACGUGAAUUUUAUUCACUUUAUUCAUGUUUUUUUAAAGUAUCAUCAUCAAAUUCUCGAAAAGAAUUAACUGGAAUGAUAUCAACAAGACAUCGACAAGAUAUAUCACAUAUUAAUGAAUCUAAUAUAUCAUCAGUAAAUCAUUCAAUAUCAAAACAAGGAACUCAUGUUGUUGGUUUUCUUAAUGAAAAACUAAUAUUAAUGCCGAAAAGAAAUUGA